AUGGACCGGUUCACUCCGCAGCAUUCCUCGGAGCUCGCGCGUCGCUGCGUCUUCAGCGACCUGCUCGGCGAGGGCCAGUCGGGCCGCGUGUGGCGCUGCGUGGACCGCGCGACGGGGGAGGCCUUCGCGUGCAAGCAGGUGAACAAGCGCGGGCUUUCCCCCGCGGCGGAAGCGGACCUCCAGCGCGAAAUCACCCUCUUAAUCAUCCUGCAGGGUCACCCUAACAUGCUGCGACUCGACAGUCUGUACGAGGACGCGAAAGCUGUCUACAUUCUCACGGAGCUCUGCGACAGCGGAGAUCUCUUCGGGCUGCUCGUGGACCAUCCGCGCGGGCUUGAUGAGCGCACGGUUGCGCGGAUCUUCGCGCAAGUGGCGCGCGCCGUGCAGUGGUGCCACGACCACCGCGUCGUCCACCGCGACAUCAAGCCAGAAAACAUCCUCAUUUCGCGCCGCCAAACAGUGCUCCCCGACACCGCGGACGCCGCCGCCGCCGCCGCCUGCGCAGCGGGGAAGGCGGAGUACGACGUGCGGCUCGGGGACUUCGGUCUCGCGUACCAGCUUCCGCGCGAUAAGUGCAUCGUGGGGCUCGCGGGGAGCGCGCCGUACGAGGCGCCCGAGGUGCUCGCGCGCGCCCCGUACGGGUGCGAGGCGGACGUGUGGUCCCUCGGCGUGCUGCUGUACGCGCUGCUCUCCGCCUCCUGGCCCGCGUUCCGCGCGGGCGAGCGGAAGCUCGUCCCCGCGGAGGACUUCGGGUACUUCCCCUGGCGGAAGGAUGCGCGCGCGGAUGGGGGGAAGCGCGAGGUGUCGUGGGCGGCUAAGGAUCUGAUCUGCCGCAUGAUGACCGUUGAUCCUCAGGAGCGAAUUGACAUCGGCGGCAUUCUGGACCACCCGUGGCUGGUUCGCCAUUUGAAGUGCUCCGAGGCUGCUGCUCUGGUAACCCUAACCCGAGAGGACACGCUAGCAGCAACAGCCUCUCAGAGGAGGCCAGAAAUGGCAACGGAAGCAGCAUCGGAUGAAGAAUGCUACGACUCGGAGGCAUACACAUACGCUGAGCACGUCGGGGGCUGCGAUGGAGCAUACGAGAAGGGAGAGAAGGCGUCAUUCAACAAGACGGCUCCUGCCCAGACGAGAAAGAAUGUGUGCGGAAGGUGGGGAGAGGAGGGGAGAUGUCAGAGGUCAUGUCUGUCUGGCAGCUGCCCAGACGAGAAAGAAUGUGUGCGGAAGGUGGGGAGAGGAGGGGAGAUGUCAGAGGUCAUGUCUGUCUGGCAGCUGCCUCUCCAGCAUGUUGUACGCAUCAGCGAAAGCCUGACGGGGUUGGGGGAGGUGGAGGAGGCAGUGGUGAGUUGUAUGGCAGAGGUCAUGUCUGUCUGGCAGCUGCCUCUCCAGCAUGUCGUACGCAUCGGCGAAGAGAAAGAGUUGUAUACCAGUCGUGAGGGGCGGGAGAGAUGA